GUCCUCCUGGUUUCACCUCACUAGACUUUAUACAAUGGCGGCGAUUCCCCCAAGCAUGGCGCCAAGCACGGCCAACUGGCACUGGAAGAACAAGACGGUCACGCCGUGGGCGAGGUCGUGGUUCGAGCGCGAGCUCGCAACAAUCUCUGUCAAAGGCGAGGGCGAUGAGGUCGUCACAGUCUCGCAGGUCGUGGAAUUCGAUGGGGACGUCGAGCUGGGGCAGCGCAAGUCCAAGCUGAUCACGAUCUAUGACUGCAAGGUCGUGCUGAACUGGGCGGGCACGGCGUCGGACGGGACGGCGGUUGAGGGCAAGCUAACCGUCCCUGAGGUCUCCCACGAGAUCACGCUCGAUGGCCUCUCGGAGUACGCAUAUGAGUGGACGCUCACGACCGCUCGCUCGCCUGCGGUCGACACGCUCUUUGCCCUCGCGAAGGCGCGCCUGCCGACCGCGCUCGAGACCAAGUUUGCCGAGUUCCCGGCGGCGAUCGUCGAGACGCACGGGAAGGACCUGACGGUGAGCGCGGACCCGAGCCGCCAGGGCUCGCCUGCGCCCGCCGCGGCCAGCAACAGCGGCGCACCGAAGGCGAGCGCGCCGAAGCCCGCGCCGAAGAAGCCGGCCGCGGCGGUGAACACGGCGACGGUCACGGUGGACGCGACGUUCAUGGCGGCGGCGGACGACCUGUUUGACCUGCUGACGAACGAGCAGCGGAUACCGGCGUGGACGCGCGCGCCGGCGAAGUCGGCGGCGAAGCCGGAUACGGAGUACAGCUUGUUCGGCGGCGGCGUGCAGGGCAAGUACAUCUCGCUGGUGCCGGCAAAGGAGGUCGUGCAGAGUUGGGCGCUGCAGAGCCCACAAUGGCCGAGUGGACACGUUGCGACGCUCACGACGACGCUCGAGCAAGGCUCGGACUCGACGAAGGUGACGUGGAAGCUGGAUGGCGUUCCUCUCGGUAUGGAAGAGGAGACACAGCGAAACAUCCAAGGAUACUAUGUACAUGGCCUCAAAUCUAUUGGGUUGGGCACCGAGCUGUGAUCUGCGAGCGGACCGAGGGACGUCGUCGCCGUUGCAUGUCCAGCCUUCAUGUGACUUUCGGGCUCUGUGGGUGGCCGAAGUCGACGCCGGCGCGUCCGUGGGACGGUUUGGACAAUGGUGCUUGUAGGAAAGGUGUACAGUGUGCUGUGCUCGAUUGUAGAGAAGUCAAAGUCAAAUGCAUUAACACCAUGUAUCGUUAA